AGCUUCUGUCUAUCCCCUCAUUGAAGAGCACGGACUGCAUACGUCUAGAGGUGAACUACCAAUCCGUGUUUCUUAUUGGCUUUCCAUCGACCAAUCACGUGUCGCGUCAUUAGCAUACGGAAAUGUAACCGUGUCGUGCGGUUUUAGAUAAACGAUUUUCAGCUACUUAAACUGUUGGGGGUUGUGGGGUUUUUUUUUUUUUUUUUAGGGCCGUAUUUACUGUUAUUUCCACUGUUAAUACGACAAACUUUAAAAAUGAAUUGAAUGGGCUCUCCAGUGUUGCCUUAUUUUGAAGGGCUUCACGAAUGUGUUCCUUUCUUCAUGUUAACUUGACAUUGAUGGAGCACCGUGUGAGGAAGGUUUCGUUUUCCGCCUGAGUGGAAGAAUAAUCAUCCUUCAGCGGUUCUACCUAAGGAGGUUCCGAGUGGUCCCCGUCAGCAUGGUGGACCGGGAGGAGCGCCGCUUCGCCGAGGUGUCCCGGGAGUCUGUCAGACUCAUUGCGGAGAGUGCAGGUGUGGAGCUCGGCGACGACGUGGCCGCUGUACUGGCUGAAGACGUGUGUUAUCGACUCAGAGAAGCAGCACAGAGCAGCUCUCAGUUCAUGAGACACGCCAAGAGGAGGAAGCUGACAGUGGAGGACUUCAACAGAGCUCUGAGAUGGAGCAAUGUGGAGGCCAUUUGUGGCUACGGGGCCCAGGAUGCUCUUCCUUUUCGUUCAGUGAAGGAAGGCGAGCUUUUCUUCAUCGAGGAUCGGGAUAUCAACCUGGUCGAGCUGGCUCUGGCUACCAACAUUCCCAAAGGCUGUGCUGAGACUAUAGUGCGAGUGAAUGUGUCAUACCUGGAUGGGAAAGGCAACCUGGAACCUCAAGGGACAGAUAAGACUCAGCCACACUACAUUCCCACUGCAGUGCAGUCUCUGUCAGAUGACCUGUUUAAGUACUACCAGCAGAUCACACGGGCCAUCUUGGGAGAGGAUCUCCACCUUAUGAAGGUGGCUCUGCUGGACCUCCAGUCCAACUCCAAGAUUGCUGCCCUCUUGCCAUACUUUGUUUACGUCAUCAGUGGGGUGAAGUCAGUCAGCCAUGACCUAGAGCAGCUCAACAGGCUCCUUCACAUGGUUAAAAGCCUGGUCCAGAACCCUUACCUGUACCUGGGCUCAUAUGUGCGCAGCCUGGUCUCCAGUGUCAUGUACUGCAUCCUGGAGCCACUGGCUGCCUCCAUCAACCCUCUCAACGACCACUGGACCCUCAGGGACUAUGCUGCCCUGCUCCUCAGCCACAUCUUCUGGACUCAUGGUGAUCUGGUGAGUGGUCUUUACCACCAGAUCCUUCUGUCGCUCCAGAAGGUUCUGUCUGACCCAGUGAGACCACUGUGCUCCCACUAUGGAGCUGUGGUGGGGCUUCAUGCUCUGGGAUGGAAGGCUGUGGAGAGAGUGCUCUUUCCACACCUUCCUGCUUACUGGGCCAACCUCCAGGCUGUGUUGGAUGACUACUCUGUUUCCAAUGCCCAGGUCAAAGCAGAUGGACACAAGGUCUAUGGAGCCAUCCUGGUGGCAGUGGAGCGUCUGCUGAAGAUGAAGGCUCUGGCUCUGUGUCAGGCAGCAGAGGGAGGCUCCAGCAUUCAGCCAGGCUCUGUGGCGGGUGCUGUUGGUAACAGGGUUAGCUCCCCUGGUCUCAGCCCCCCUCCAGAGCCUCUGUCUGAGGCCGCCCUUGGAAUCGCCAGCCAUCUUCAGGUGGGCGGAGCCGGCUGUCCCUGGGAGGAGUGGACCCCAGUGCCUCUCCCUGCUAUGUACUGUGAGCUCUACUCCUUCUUUGGAGACAGCCUGGCUGUCAGGUUUAGUACAGGACCAGGGUUUGGCAGCUACCCUCCCUGCACCCACUCCCAGCUCAGUGAUGCCAGGAAGGAGCCCCCUGGCCCUGCUUCUAACCCUGACACCACCCGUAAGAUGCCACAGCUGACUGCCAAUCUUAACAUCAGCCCCAGGCAGGAUGGGAGUCCUCGCACCGAUCCGCCCCCACCCAGCCUGGCUGCUACAGGAUCAGGGAGGUCCCUGGCUCGCUCCUCCUCCAUGCAGCGCUCCAGAUCCUCUUCGUCACGUUCAGGUCAGCGUUCAGCACUUGACGGUUUCCCCAAAGCUCGCUUCACCUCUUCCCAGACCGGACUGCCGGUGUUCUCAUUUCUGAUUGGUGGGCGGCAAAUGGGCCGCCGUUGCCAGGGCCGCCGUCCCUUCCAGACCACUUUUGCCCCGACUCCACCUCUGUCUGCCCUCCCACCGCGUGCCUACGCCCACAAGCUGCCCGUUAUUGGCAGGGUAGGCAAACCUGUAUGUCGGUGGGCGUGUUCUCAUUACUCUCUUUAUCUCCCUCUUUGAAGAAUACGCCACCAGGAAUGGACAUCGGACCGCUUUGGUACAUUUUCCAUUAUUCAGUAACGUUAAUUAUUUGGAGCCUAAAGUGACGACUUUCAACUUGUCUUUUUGCCCAGACAGUCCAAAUCCUAAAUCCACUUCAGCAUUAUUGUUUCAGCAAGCUGAGAGCUUUGUUUUUUGUAGCAGCAAUUGCGCCAUUCACCAGAAAGCAUAAACACUGGCCUUACAUCUGACUGUAAUGCAUCUUCAUUUGCUGUCUUGAAGAAGCAGGGGCAAGACCUCAGACUUGAGUUUAUGAUCAUGAUCCUCCACACAAGAGAAGUUAUAAAUGAAAUGGGAGAAAAGUAUUUCUUUAAGCACUGACUGAGUUCCAGCUGAUAGUUGUGCCAUGUAUUCAGAGGGACACUUGCCAUCUUGUACAUACUUGUUGUUUUCAUAGAAUAAAUUUUGUUGUAUUUUUGA